AUCUGAUUCCCCGCUAUCCUAAAAAAGUAGUUUGCGUCGAAAUUUAUUUUGUCUUUUAAAACGCUCCUCUUCAUUACACAUCCUUCUUUUUUUUACCUCUUUUCGCGCCGUCUUCGCAUCUCGCCGAAGACUCUUCUCUUUCGUACCCAGUACUUCAAUGAAGCCGCGGUAGUAAUUGUAGUGCUCUAGAGAUAGUGAGAGGAUCUCUAGAAGCCAACUCCUUCGACAAGUCCCCAAAUUCUAUCUUUACUUAUAUCAACUCGCGCGACCGAGUUCUCGAGCUUUAUCAGUCAUGUUAGUGACUAAAAAUGUUGCGGAACUCUGCGUUCUGCUAAUCAGUGAGCUAUAUGGACAGCUCCCCUCGCGCAUAUUCUCGGACCUUCUUGGACGAGGCAGGUCAACCGUCGCCCAGAUCGCGCAACAUACCUCCUUGAUCCAUCGACAAGUGCGCCACGGCAUUGCUGUACUUAUCCAAUUAAACCUCAUUUUCCACCAAACAGACCCAGACUCGGGUAUCACCUAUUACGAAGCAGACCCGCAUGCCGCCUACAACCUCGUCCGAAUAGGCAAAAUUCUCGAUCUCGUGCGCAUUAAGUACGGAGAACAUGCGCAUUUCCUUGUACACGAAGUCCUCCUCCAAGGACACGCAAAGGUCCCAGAUCUCGUCGAGGCUUUUAAGAAAAGCCAUGACACACACCAAGGAAUCACCAACGGCACAUCGCAGAAUGGCCAUAUUCAUGUCAAUGGCAACGGUACCCACAAUGGCAUAGAUGAUGUCGAUAUGAAGGACGGGGAUGCCGAUCCUGAAGGACAAACAUACGACAAUCUUGCCCAACUGAUCGCCGUUGGUAUUCUCGAACCCCUUACGCCGACGACGUAUCUUUCCCCACAAGACCUAAGAAGCACUGUUGAGCAGGAAUUCCUCGUCAACCACCCCACAGGUAUCCGAGGGACUAAGCAGACGGGCGAGUUUGAGAAGUAUGUUAGAGAGAAACUCCGGGAGAUCCAAGAAGAUGGUGCAAAGCUGAGGAAGAAACUUGAGUAUGAGUUCAAUUAUGUCUAUGCUUCUAAGCGCCAAAAGUUGACCAACGGCGCCACAUCGAGCACACCUGCCAACGGCGAAAUCAGGAAUAUCAUGGCGGAAGAAUAUAACACAGUUCUUCGCGUGAACCGCGAUAAAUGCGCAGUCGAGCUCCGUAAUCUAAAACUUGAACAAUACGUAGAAGACCUGAUUGGCGAUACCACAUCGAAGGUGUACGCGGCAUUACUUUCUGUACUAAGCAAAAAGGUUAUUCGCUGCCAAGUUGACAGAACAAUUGAGGUUGAGGAUGAGGAUAACUCGGGUGCUAGCGUCACUACUCAAGAAGUAUUCGAACAUCUUAGUCCCUCCAUCGAUUUGUCGGGUGGGAUUGGAAUGUUACAUGAAGAGGGAGCCAUUGACGUUCGAUAUGCGGAGAAGAUCCGACGAUACCCUCCGCAACUCAAGGGUUCAACUCUUAAGGAGACACUAGAGGAAGGAGAAGAGAUAUUGGGAUCUGAUGACGAAGACUACGAUCACAGCGGAGAAGCAGCCGCUGAAUUUGGCAUCCACGGUCAAAAUGGCUUUGGUGAUACCACAAUGCAGGUGGAUGAUAAUUUUCCAGUUGGUAUGGAACGGCUACACCAAAUGCGGCAGCAUCUGCUUAUCCUUGCCGAGAGUAAGGAGGGAUUCGUGCGUCACUGUGGUGGCAAUGACUAUGGUCAGUGGACAGUUGAUUUCGAGCCGCUUCUACAGCAUCUAAAAUUUGUCGAACUUGACACUAUCAUCGAAAACCGUUUCGGCCGCCAAGGUUUACGCCUCACCCGAAUUCUCAGAGAAAAGGGAAAGAUUGACGACAAAACCUUGCCUGGCCUGGCUCUUAUGAAGAAGCCAGAUGUUCAUGUCAAGAUGGCAGAGAUGGAAAUGGCAGGGUUCCUAGACGUACAAGAAGUACCUCGGGACAACAACCGAGCAGCAGCUCGGACGAUUUUCUUUUGGUUUUUCGAUUUAGACAGAACGUUACAGCGAAUACUGGACAACACCUACAAGUCCAUGGUUCGGUGUUUUCAACGAUUGGACGUCGAGCGUCUUAAGAAGAAGAGCGUCCUUGAACUCACCGAACGUAGAGACGUGCAGGGGAACGAAGAAAAUACGUUGAGAGGGGAUGUUUACAACGAAUACCUCCAGUUUAUCGAGCUCGAAAAGAAGCUUCUUAGUCAAGUCGCGAGGCUUGACGAUAUUGUCGCAGUCUUUAGAGAUUUCUAACUAAGGAUCGUUCACGCGCAUUUGAUACCAGGGCCGGAAGGAUAUGUUGCAUUGCAUGGCGGCGUUGAUUCAUGAGUGGCCUAACUUCUACCUAGGUACCUCGAGGACUAUAAAAAAUGGGCUUUGCAUUUAGGACGGCGUUGGCUUCUGAUCAAUUCGAUCAGUGAAAAAAGUUCAAUUCUAUGUAUGGUACAUCGGGUCAUAUAUCAGAGUGUAUGUUCCCGAUAGGUGAUGUACGUGUAGAAUUGUCUCUUAUCGCUAUAUAUACCUAGGUAUAUCCACGUUCCUAUCUCUAUGGGUUCGUGAGUCUUCAUUUAUAGAUGAUGAAAAAAGCUACUGUUGCAACGUAUAAAGACAAUUUCCUGUUUAAAUUUAAAUUUAUACGUAUAUGGGUCUACACGUUCCUGUUUCUUGUUCAAUUGCAGGUGCAAUAUAAUCCCGACUACCUACCCAUAUGUAGGUAUCU